GUGGAAUUAAAAGUUGGUAGCCUUUUUCCACAUCCGGUAUAACUAACCUUCCUAAAACUUUAUAUUCUAUUGGAAUAUAUAUGGUGAAUGCACUAAUUCUAAUAAUGCGCUCGUUUCCUUUACGCUAACUCUUUCUCCUCCUCCUCCGAAUCUUUGCUUUUUUGCAUUGCUAUAAAAAAGCCCAGCAAGACACCAUUUCUUCUCAUCCUACAAACAUUUAACAUCUCAUUAUCUAAUACGGACCAUCGAUCUCAACAGCUUCUUGUUUCGUUUCAUCUAAUUCUAGCCAUGUCUCAGAUCGUUGUCCUCAAAGUUGGUAUGUCAUGCCAAGGCUGCGUCGGUGCCGUCAAUAGAGUCUUGGGAAAAAUGGAAGGUGUUGAGUCAUUUGACAUUGAUAUAAAGGAGCAAAAGGUGACGGUGAAAGGUAAUGUUGAGCCUGAAGCAGUUUUUCAAACAGUUUCAAAGACUGGAAAGAAGACUUCUUUCUGGCCUGUGGAGGCUGAGGCUGAGCCUAAAUCUGAGGCCGAGCCUAAGGCCGAGACUGAGACUAAAACGGAGGCUGAUGCUAAGGCUGUUGUGGCUGAUGUUGAGCCAAAACUCGCUGAAGCCGAGACUAAGCCAUCACAAGUUUAAGUAAUAAAGAUGACGUAUGAGAGGCUUCGAUAUCCAUAUUUGCAAUGCUUCUUAUUAUCUUUUGUUUGUGUGUUGUUUGUAAGAACCUAAGAAAUGCUUUCUCUAAAUACCUAAUAUUUUAAUAUAUAAACUUUUCAUCUCUUGAUAACAACAUAUUGGACCCAUGUUGUUCCGACUUUCUUUUGCUGAAUUGUCUUCAGUGUUUAAGUAAGAUGAGCCAGCCUUAGGCAUUUGGGACCCUCUAACCAAAAGUUUAUUGUGUGGCCUAUAAUCAGUGUUUUGUUUAAGUUGAACUUGCAACAUUUAUAGGACAUGGUUAAGGUGGGACUUGAACUCCCUUUCAUUUGGUAUUGUAUAAGCCCAAAACUAAUUACAAUUAAUGGUUUUCUUGUUUCAGACCUAGACGUGGCCUUAAAGUUACAUAACAUUUAUGUGGCCAUGAGCUAAAUGCACAAGAAACUCAGGUUUGGGGCCACAUAACUAUCUUGUAUUUUGUAUGAUCUAGAGGGUGAAGAUGGGAUUGGUUUUGGAUUUCAUUAGUUGUAAGAUAAGGAAAGGUUUUGGUUUGGCAUUAGGUUUUCGAUUUGCUGCAGCUAAUUUGGAGGGUGAAGAUGGGAUUAGUUAUGAGUUUGGUAAAUUGGAUGCUGAAAUGUGGUUUGGCAAAUUGGAUGAUACUGAUGUUGAUUCCGUCGAGUGCCAGAGUUGUGCAAAGUGUUGUGAUUACAUAGCUUGGAAAGCAUGGUGUACUUUCUAUCUUUUGUCUUAGUAUAUAUAGGCAUACAAAGACGAUCUAACUCAACAUUAUUCUUGGAACGACUAACAAAGAAAAUCCUAAAAGAUUAGCAACUAAAAGACUCAAACUAAAGACUUUGUCAUAGUGACUAAUAAGUCGUUUAUUUCUAACACACAAAUUUAACCAUCUUUGUUGCUGGUUUGAUGAAAAUGCAACUAGUUUGUAUCAUAAAAGGCUUACUGCUUUUGAGUAUUAUAAAAGGUUUGGUUAUCGGUUUGGUGAGUUUUAGGAUAAAGAUGGAUUUAAGUUUGCUGAUUAAUUAGAUGAUGGGAAGGGUUUCGGUUUGCUGCAGCUGAGUUGGAAGAUUUGUCGCAAUGGCUCUUCUCACUGCUUUGUGGCUGUCUCAUGGAUUGCACCUAACAAUAAUGCUGGUGUAACUUGGCAUCUCUAUACAAAGGAGGCAAAACUCGUCUGACAAGGCGCUUGUUCCAUCUAUAUCUCCCGCUUAGUAAAGGUCAUGAAGCAAUGGUUGAUGUGGUUCCGCUACGAUCAAUUACUAUGGAUGUUCAAGAUGUUGUCCGAUUAGCAACGCAAUCAAAUCAUAUUUUUCUUCAUAUUUUUUGGUCUAUGUUAUAUGAUAUAGCUAUUUUAGCCAAUACUGCAUGUACUAAUAAACAAUCUUAUGUAAUCUAUUCCUUAUGUUAAUACAAUAUAGUAUUUGUAGAAAAAAAAAUCCAGAAUAUAAAUAAAUAAAUUUGUUAGAAUAAUUUUCUUAUCCAUAAUAAUUUUCUUUUUAGAAGUAA